UGCCAAGUUUGUUUCAAGUGUUUACCAUUAGAACCAAAACAAGUCAGAGAAUUCAUACAUUUUCCAGGUGUUAAUUUGCUUAACAACAACAAAAAUGGCAUCUGUUUGCACCUCUUCUGCUAUUGCAGCUGUUGCCAUCUCUUCCAGUUCUCAGAAGAGUAGUGGAACUACUUUGGGAGCAACAAAGGCUUCUUUCCUUGUUGGACAAAAACUUAGACAAACAAGUAACGCUCUUGUAAAAGCUUCAAGAAGUACCUUCUCCGUCUCUGCUGCAGCAGCUACCGAUUCCGAACGGCCUCUUUGGUUCCCAGGAAGCACCCCUCCAGCAUGGCUCGACGGCAGCCUACCAGGAGACUUUGGAUUUGAUCCUCUUGGACUUUCAUCAGACCCAGAGAGUUUGAAGUGGAACCAACAAGCAGAAUUAGUUCACUGCAGAUGGGCAAUGUUAGGUGCUGCUGGUAUUUUCAUUCCAGAAUUUCUAACAAAGAUUGGCAUCCUAAACACACCAUCAUGGUACACUGCUGGUGAACAAGAAUACUUCACAGACACAACCACUCUCUUUGUUAUCGAACUCGUCCUCAUCGGUUGGGCAGAAGGUAGAAGAUGGGCAGAUAUCCUUAAACCCGGUUCCGUCAACACUGAUCCCGUCUUCCCUAACAACAAGCUCACCGGGACUGAUGUCGGUUACCCCGGUGGACUUUGGUUUGACCCACUUGGCUGGGGUUCUGCUUCCCCUGAGAAACUCAAGGAAUUGAGAACUAAGGAGAUCAAGAAUGGAAGAUUGGCUAUGUUGGCAGUCAUGGGUGCUUGGUUUCAAGCUCAAUACACUGGUGUUGGCCCCAUUGACAACCUCUUUGCUCAUCUUGCUGACCCUGGUCAUGCCACCAUUUUCCAAGCAUUCACCCCACAGUAAACAAGAGAUUGGAUCGAUUGAUGAACCGAUGGCGGCUGAAAUCGAAGUGCUUAUGGGGCGGGAAAUAAUUAAUCUUUUUAAUUAUGUGAAUUAAAUUAGAUUAUCAAAUUGUUAUAAUGCAUGGGUUGUGGGAGUGUACUUUAGACGAGGAGAGUUUGUGCCAAAGUAAUGUCUUGGUCUGUAAUUAAAAAUCUAUGAGCAUUGUGUUUACCUUUCUAUUCAUAUAUUCUUAUUAAUGAUUUGGUUC